UUUUCCCGCUGAGAUCAUCUUGAGCUUCUACCACGUCCUACCUCUACAACACACACACUCCAGCUAUCACGUUGAUGUCCUUUGCACUACUACGAUUGAGAACAGCAUUCGCAAUCUCAAAUAAAGCUUCAGUAUCAAUCUCAGCGACAAUUCUCUACGGAACUAGAACCAUGUCGACAGGAAACAAAAACCCCAUCACAGAAUGGGUAUCUCGCGACUCCAAGACCGGCGAAUUCAAGCGCGGGGUAUCGCAAUUCCGGAGCUUCAUUUCCAGCGAGCCUGGUGCAGAGUUUCCGCCCGAGAAGGGACGGUAUCAUCUUUAUGUUUCGUAUGCUUGUCCAUGGGCGCAUCGAACAUUGAUUACGCGCAAACUCAAGGGAUUGGAGGACAUCAUUUCUGUGACUGCUGUGCAUUGGCAUAUGGCUGAGAAGGGAUGGCGAUUCGUUACCCCAGGCGAAAACGUUCCCGGCGAGAAUGUCCGUCCAGACCCUAUUCAUCCUGGGUUCACGCAUCUGCGCGAUAUCUACUUUGACGUAGAUCCCGAGUAUACAGGACGUUUCACCGUGCCGACAUUAUUCGACACCAAGACAAAGCGCAUUGUCUCCAACGAGAGCUCAGAAAUAAUCCGUAUGUUCUACCACGAAUUCGACUCCCUCCUCCCCGAACAAUACGCCAAAAUCGACCUCUUCCCGGAAUCUCUCCGCGCCGAAAUCGAAUCCUCCAACGACUGGAUCUACAACGACAUCAACAAUGGAGUGUACAAAUCCGGAUUCGCAACCACACAAGAAGCAUACGAAAAAGCCGUACGCACACUCUUCGCUGCUCUCGACAAAGUCGAGGCCCAUCUCGCCAGUCGCCAGGCCAGUGGUAAAGAGUACAUGUACGGCGAUCACAUCAGCGAAUCAGACAUCAGACUCUAUACCACAAUCAUCCGCUUCGAUGCCGUGUAUGUGCAACAUUUCAAGACAAAUCUGCGCGAUAUCAGAUCUGGAUACCCCGCUAUCCACAGAUGGGUGCGACAUUUGUAUUGGGAUAUCCCGGCCUUUGGCGAAACGACGCAGUUUGAGCAUAUUAAGAAACAUUAUACAAAGUCGCAUGGACAGAUUAAUCCGUUUGGGAUUACGCCGGUGGGACCUAUACCGGAUGUUCUGCCGAAGGGGGAGGAGGUUGCUGCUGUUAAACUUUGAUCUGUCUUUGGUUUCACUGAUGAACAUCUAAUAUGAUUAAUAUGACAGCUAUAUGUACGUAAUUGAAUUGAAUUGGAUGAUUUGUAUCAAGUCUACC